GCCCGCCCCGCCGGGCCCGGGGAUCCGGGGCCGCCGCGGGGCUCCGGUCGCUCUCCUCAGGCGGGGAUGGCGGCGGAGGACGAGGCGGAGCUGAGCCUGCUGGAGUGCCGGGUGUGCUUCGAGCCGUACGGCCCCGACGGGCAGCGGCGGCCGCUCAACCUGCCCUGCGGGCACGUCCUCUGCCGGGGCUGCGUGGGGGCCCUGGCCGGCGCCGAGCGCCGGAGGCUGGAGUGUCCCUUCUGCCGGCGGCUCUGCGGGCCCGCCGAGACCAGCGAGUGCCGCCCGCUGCUGCAGCUGCUGGAGCUCCUGGGCCCCGCCGGCGGCGGCCUCGCCUCGGCCCUGGGCAGGAGCGGCGGCGGGGCGGCGGCGGCGGCCCCCGCGGGGCUCGGGCUGCGGCUGUGCCUGGGGGGCUGGGGGUCGCUGGUGAACCCCACCGGCGUGGCGGCCUGCCCCGGGUCCGGCCGCCUGGCCGUGGCACACGACGGCAAGAAGAGGAUCCACGUCUUCGGGCCGAGCGGGUUCUGCCUGCGGCGGUUCGGGGAGCGGGGGGACGCGAACAACGACAUCAAGUACGCGCUCGAUGUGACGGUCACGUCCGACGGACACGUGGUGGUCACCGACGGCGGGGACUGCUCCGUGAAAGCCUUCGAUUCUGAGGGAAGGGGGGUCCUGGCCGUGCGGGAAGGCUUCUGCUUGCCCUGGGGCUUGGAUGCCGCCGCCAAGAGCGAAGUGAUCCUGACCGACUCGGAGGCUGGCGCGCUGUACCGCUUGGCGGCCGACUUCCAAAGGGGGGAAUUAAAGAAGUGCCAGAUGAUCCGGUCCCGGCUUGUCAGCCCCAGAGCUGUCGCUGUCUGCCAGAGCUCGGGUGCUGUCGUGGUAGUAGAGCACCUGAAAGCCCGAGGUCCGAGCAAGGGCAGCACCCGAGUGACGAUACUCAGUGCGGAGAUGGAUCUCAUCGGCCAGGUGGACAGCUUCGGUCUGAACCUCGUUUUCCCCUCCAGAAUAUACGCUACGGCUGUGGCCUUUGAUAGAGAAGGUCGUGUUAUAGUAACGGAUGUUUGUAGCCAGGCUGUCAUAUGCUUAGGGAAACCUGAGGAAUUUCCCAGCUUUAACCCUCUAAUUAGCCACGGGCUUUCUUACCCUGUCGGACUGACUUACACGGCAAACAAUUCCCUCGUCGUUUUAGAUAGCGGUGAUCAUUCAGUGAAAGUAUAUAGCUCUACCUGAGUGGGCUCAGAUGCUUCCUGCUGCAGGCUCAAGCUGCUUCUGGCCAUAAAGCAUGCGGAGUUCUGGAGUUUGUAGGAGUGGAGGGAGCAGGCGGUUGUGGGGCUCUGAGUGUGAAAUCACCCUCCGACCAACACGCCGUGCUUCCUGCAAAACUUGUGUCACGUCUCUUGCCUACCUUGGGAGAGGACCUGGCUGUUGCUGCCUGUAGCCAACAACAAAUCAACCAAACAAAUCACUUAGCAUUUUAAAACUAUUCCAUGCCUUGACAACCAAGUGGUUUUGGUUGCUUUUGACACGUAAUCAAAGACCAGCACGUGUGAAAGUAAUGCAUAAUUUAUUUACGUUUCCCAGCACAUGCUUAAUUAAGUAUAGGUACACUCCUGACAGAACUGUUUCCAAGAAUUGUGCACAAGGAAGGAGAUUGCCUUGACAGAAUGAUAGGAGAAAUGGAAGCCUCCAUUCAAGGCUGCAUAAAUCCAGCUAAAAUCAUUGUGAUGGAGGAGCUACCACUAAUGAGUGAGUUAUGAGACAUGAAAUGAUGUUCAAAGUCUAUUUUUUCCAGGAAAAUGCAUUUCUGGGGGCACUCUUUUCUCUGCUAGUUUAUUCCCACCUUUAUUAAGGUUCUACUGGAGCACUUUGUCUUCCUCUAAAAUGCCCAAGUCUGUGUCUUUGCCUGGAGAUAAUAUAGUGUGUGGUUACACGGCAUGGGCUGCUUUGCCUAAAAGCCUCUUGAAAUAUUCACGUUUAGACCACAAGUGCUCCUGCAUAAGUAAGUUUAAGUUGGCUCUGCUGCUAACACAGCUACAUGUAGAAGGUUUUCAGCACUACCUGCCCCCGUUUUGCCAUUAAUAUGGUGCUUUUGCACUCCCAAACCCCAGGAUUCAACUGCAAAUUGAAAUGUUAGUGAGAGG